UUGACAUAUUUCAAGAGUUAGUGACAUAUAUUCCGGGUUACAGUGACUUGAAAGAUCGCAGCAGGGACUAGUAUGAAUCAUUAGCCUUCUGCUAUCGGCCGGCACAGGAGCUCGAUCCGCAUCUCCAAAAAUAUGGCUUCCUUACUAGAGCAUGCUACUCUACUGAGUUUACUUCUGCUGUUCUUGUCCAAGGGGUUUGCAGAGAAGGUGUUUCUAGCCGAGGACAGUGAGCUUGAGAAUCUGUUAGCAUCGUUGGAGGCGGACAGCAACACUAAACGCGAAGAGACCAACGUUGAAAUUCCCGAAAACGUUGAAUUUCCUGAAAACCUCAUAGAUAACGUCGACCACAUGAAGGAAGAAAAGAAACUUUCAGGUCUUGAAGAUUUCCCAAACACGAUUGCUACAGACGAUGCCAGCAUGUCUAUCGACGCAUCGUAUGAGCCACUUGGAUGCUUCAAAGACCACGGAAGCAGCAACCGUCCUCUUCCAGUCCUUCUAGCAAGCCUACGCUCGCAAAUCGACUGGCACAACUUGAACAAAACCAUUCGUGCUUGCGCCCUCUUGGCCAAAGCCAGGGGUUACAGAGUUUUUGGCAUUCAGUUCUAUGGGGAAUGUUGGAGUGGGCCAACAGCUGACCAAACGUACAGCAAGGAUGGUCGUUCAGAUCGAUGUGUUGCUGGUCUUGGAAGAACUUGGGCAAAUUAUGUUUACCGAUUUAAACAAGACGGGUGCUCAAACUACAAAGAGCUAGACUCCGCUCAAAGAUCAGAAAACUACGGUCCUAAAGGAGUUUAUACUUGUGAUCAAAGCCUUUCUAAAGGCUGGUACAGAUUCACUGGACAAGCAGGGACCCACAUGGCUACUMAAUGCCCACAAAAAAUGCACUGUGGUACUCAUGCUCCUGGUUGGAUGACUGGUACUCUGCCAAGCGUGGCCGAGGGAACUGUAAACCGCAAAGUUUGUUUCAAUUGGAGGAAUGACUGUUGUUAUUGGGAUUCAAAAGUGUUGGUGAGGAACUGUGGAGGGUACUACGUCUACAGACUACAGAAGCCACCCGUUUGUCGACUGAAAUACUGUGGAAGCGACGAAGCACUGCCUACUGCAGAGCCACCGAAAACAGCUGAAACUACUACAAGUAAAGAAACGACUGCUAGACCUACGACGAUGGAACCUACGACGAUGGAACCUACGACGAUGGAACCUACGACGAUCGAACCUACGAUGGAACCUACGACGACCGAAGUAGCAACUACUAAACCCGAAGGCGAUGAGUGCACAAACUACGAACAACUGGAUUCGGCUGACAGAUCAGAAAACCACGGUCCGAACGAAAUAUUUAAGUGUGACAAGACACUUACGCCGGGAUGGUAUCGCUUCACUGGUCAGGCUGGUACUCAAAUGUCUACAAAAUGCCCCGAAGUUCUUCAAUGUGGUACCCAUGCUCCUGGCUGGAUGAGCGGUGCUCUGCCAAGUGUGGUUAAGGGGAUUGUGAAGCGUAAGGUUUGUUUUAAUUGGAAGGAGGACUGCUGUCAUUUUCACACCAGUGUUUUGGUGAGGAACUGCGGUGGAUUCUUUGUCUACAAGUUACCCAAGCCUCCCAUGUGUAGACUGAGAUACUGUGGUAGCAACCCAGCUCUUCCUACGACAAGCAAACCAAUGACGACUCAACUGACUACAAGACCACCGCCACCAACACCACCAACAAUGCCACCGAUGCCAAUAAGAACAUUCCGCCUCUGUGAACACCGAAGUGGUGUACUCCGAUGUCCCCCCGGUCAAAAAAUCAAAAUACGCUACGCUAACUACGGUCGAACCGAAGGACGUCACGUCUGCUCUCAUUCUCAGAUACGUACAACCAAAUGCUACUCGUCUGUUGCGGCGAAUCUCGUGCGCUGUGCAUGUAACGGUCACAACUCGUGCCCGCUCUACGCAAAGAAUCAAGUGUACGGAGAUCCAUGUGUUGGUACUUUCAAGUAUAUAGAGGUCAAGUACCAGUGUGUACAUGUCAUCCAGGGGAUGUGAGAUAUCGCUGUGCAUUGAAUAUUGAAGACUACUUAAAUUGUAUAUCAAGGGGAAAAAAUUAUUUUCAAAAUCACUUAUAUGUGAACAGUGUAGUAGUGUGGUUGCAGUAUUUUUGUAUGUGGACCUCUCUUUUCAGAGAUACAAGCAUUUGAAAUAUCGAUAUGCAAAUGAGUUGACGUAAAUUCAAGAAUGGGUUACAUUUUGAAGUGUAAUUUAUGACAAAUGUUCUGAAGUGAAAUAACCUAAAAGUGUAGAAAGCCAUAUAUUUUAGUCAUUAGGAUAAUUUGUAAUUUCUAAAACAGUACUUUCAACAAAAGCAUUUUUGUGUAAUAAAUUAGCCUUGAAUUUACGUCAUCUCAUUUGCAUAUUGAUAUUUCAAAUGUUUAUAUCUCCUAAAAGAAAAUUUGACAUACAAAAAUACUGCAACCAUACUACUACACUAUUCACAUAUGUCAUUAGGGGGAAAAUAUUAUAAAUCUAGGUGUGAGCCCACGGUGACUCGUUAAAGCUCAGCGGUAUAUGGCUCUAGGAUGUGAGCCCACGGUUACUCUAUGCCAGCGGUUACUCUGGACUAUUUUGUCAUUAACAGAAAAAACGUUGUAAAAGUUGUCUACUUGCGCAAAAGUCAAUCGGAAUUUUUGAUAUCAGAAUAACUCUAAGGUACUCCAAGAUUGAGGUGUUUUUGAUCGAGUUUUACAUUAACUGUAGUAGAGGGUGGUUUCCAAACCAAUCUUGGGUUAUAUCGCAUUCGUACCCUCAAAUUAUAAAAAAUAUUACAAUAAACAAAGUAACAGAGUUUUAACGCGCUCCGAUUUGGUCGAAAACCAUUUUAGUUGAUUCACACAUUUCGUUUUAUUCCAUAAGAAAAAUAAAACAAUAGUUUUCAUUAA